UAAAUAAUAAUAAUACAAACAACAUGGUUUCUAAAACAUGCUGCAAAGAAUUACUUCAAGAGAGUAUAUCAGAUCCUGUUAUACGUGAAGAUGCUGAAGACAGCAGCAGCGAUUCAGGAGACGGCCAUAGUGGGUCGGAAUCAGAUCCACACGACUCAGACGAAGAAAACAGCGGCGAGGAGGAAACCCACGACUCCAAAUCCGGUUGGGCGGACGCCAUAGCGAAAAUCUUGCGCACCAACAAGCCGAGGAGGAAAAGGUCUAUUGUUUUGUCGAGAGCCAAGAAACUGAAUGAAGUUGUCAAGAAAGUGAAAGUCGAGGAACCCGAGUUUGAUGUUGACGUUAAGGACGACAAACCAGAUGUGAAAGAUUUGUCUGAAGAACAGAAGUUAGUUGAAAAACUUAAGAGAACCGUUCCAAAGAAUUCCUGGGCUUCUAAAGGCAGAGUGAAGCCAAACAUAUUGGACAAGGACAGGGAGCGAGUACUUUCCAAAAUUGCAACGAAGGGAGUUGUGCAGCUGUUCAACGUUGUGCGGCAACAGCAGAAAACAGUUGACGUUCAGCUGAAGGAAGCAGGAGGCUUGUUCAGGAAGGAGGAACAAGCGAUAAAGUCGCUCGAUAAGAAAUCAUUCCUCGAUAUGCUGAUGGGCUCAAAUGCCAAAAGUGAAGUGGUUGAUGAUACUCCGAAACGCAAAGAUCCAGUUGAGGCUGGAGAUGACGAGGAUGCAACGUGGCACGUGCUGCGAGAUGACUUCAUGAUGGGGGCCAAGCUGAAGGACUGGGACAAGCCCGUCAGCGGAGCGGCUGUCGACAAUGUGUAGUUAACCUUAUUGUACAAAAUAAAUGCAAAGUUUAUUUUUU